GGCGACGUUUUCCUCUGACCCGACUGCCCAUUUCCCUGGAAACCGUGGUUGUACUUUUCCAACUUUGCCUAUGUGUGGACAAACAAAGUGUGGGCCACCGAGCACUGAUUGAUUGAGUUUCUGUUUCUGUGGCACGAAGGCGUCCAGUUAAUGGAUCAAUGGCUUUCUGUUUAGCUGGUUUAGUUUGCUGCCAUGCUCGUGUACAUUUAACAUCGCCCUCACUCCUUUCAUUCCUGUUGUAAUAAAGGCAAUCCGGUGAGUAGAAAACAAAUUGUUUGCCUAGAUUGCCUAGUGCAGUUCUAUUUGUCCUUUAUGAGUUUACUGAGAACGCCAGCCAAGUGACUAAACUUUAUUAAGUUCUGUUUUGUGGCAAGCCUUCAUUUUUCUUUCCAGCAGGCCAUGAUCUAUGAGUUCUUCCAUUUGAAAACUCACUCAACUACACAAUCCAGUUCGCUAAACACCCAACACACUUUAGUUCAUAGAAUAUCUGGUUUCUCAAAGAACUGCGUCAAAGAUGCUCAUUCCAGAGGUGGACAUGUGGAAUGUGUCCAAGAGCAGCAGGAUACACCGCCUUUCCAUCUUCAACUGCGAUAAGCCCGGGCUGAAAGUGCUGGACUACUCCGCAGUGCGCGGAGUUGACAAGUUCUACUUGGACUGCCAGGACUACAGGGACUACUUCAGAGACCCCUAUAACCGAGUCCACAAGCCGAGGCGGUUCACGGCCUAUGCGGGCAGGUGCGCUGUAAAGCUGGACUCCGAAGUUGAGCUCCUUUCUAUGCCGACCUCGUGGCGCACUGACCGCCAGCCCAUCGUCUAUCCGAUCGACUACCACUCAGAUAUGGCACUUGGUAGGCGGGACUGCGAUCACAUCAAGGCCUUCUGCUCCCCGGCCGAGAGCCUCAGCUUCAAGCGGUCCUGAGACUCCAUUGCUGUUACCAUUUUGGCAGCUUAAAUACAGCUUGAAGCACUGCAAA